AUGGCCUCCUCCGAGGCAGCAUACUCCCCCACCACCACCACUGAUGCGGCAUCCGGCGACGCCACCACCACCAUCCGAGCCCAGGCGACAGACCCCACCACCGCCGCCAGAAGCAUCGGCGGCCGGGGACACCCGCCAAAGGCCCCAUUCUUCAGAGGUACCAAUCGGGGGAUCCGGCCCCCAGCCAGCGCCGGAAUCUUCGGCGUCGGUCCAGCAGGGCCCCCGCCCGAGAUAGCUCCAGAAGGCCCCGGACCUAGAGGUCCGGAGCCAGAGGCCACCACACCGCCACGACCCGAAGCCGCCCCCCAGGAGGAGGCCGCCAGGCCCGCUGCGGCGACCGAGGCACCGGCAGCUGAGCCAGGUGCUAAGGCCGGGCCCUCUCCAGCUGAGCCGGCAGCAGAGGGGGCCGCUACCACGGCAGAGGCUGCAGCGCCAGAGACAGCGGAGGCGGCGGAGACAGUGGCACCUGAGGCUACUGAGGCUCAGGAGGAGCUGGAGGCUGGCAUCCGCAAAGAAUGGGAGAAGCUGGGGGCGGAGCACUUCCGGCUCUUCGACUGGGAGCGCCGCCUGGGGGACCGCAUCAAGUCCGCUUCCGCCCGCCACGCUGAAGAGCGCGCCAAGCUCAUGCUGGAGCGUGAGCUCCUGCAAGAGCAACUGCAGGAGGCUCGCUACCGGGAGGCGGCGGCGCUCCAACGGGAGAAGGCGGCCACGCGGCGGGAAGCGGAAGCCCUUGAGCGGCAGAUCGAGGCGGAGGAGAAGAUGCUGGCGGCAGCAGACAGGGAGCGGACCACCCUGGAGCUGGCCGAUCAGGCCAAGAAGGCGGCGGCAGCGGUUGAGGCGCAAGAGGCCUCUCUCGCAGAGCUGGCGGCAGCCGUGGCGAAGAAAGAAAAGUGGCUGGCCGCCCGCGAGGCGGAGGAGGUAGGCCGGCUCCAAGAGCUCCGGAAGCAGGAAGAGACCAUGGAGGAGGAGCUGGCAGCCGGGACCCGGAGGCUCCAAGAGCGGGAGGCGGCCCUCCGGGAGAGGGAGGCCAAGGUCCUGGACUCCACCGCCGAGCGGCUGCGGGACGUGGAGGCCAGCAUCCAGGACCUCCUGGAGACGGAAGGGCGUGUAGUUGCUCGGGGGAUGGCGGAGUACAUCCUCACUAGCUUCCGGAGCCAUGACCCCACCAUCCAGCUGACUCCUAUCCUGGUCGGACCUCUCCGGGCAACGGCAGCCGCCGCGCGGGAAGGAGUCCAGGAGGUGGCUGACAUGGUCGCGGCACACAUCCGCCGCCGCCCCGAACCUGUAGAGAGUGGGGGUGCCGCCGGACAGUAG